AUGGCGGGAGACGACGUCUAUCAUCCGGAGGACGCCAUCAAGGCGAGCGCCAAGGGCUCCCUCGUAGUGGGCGGUGCUGGUCUGUUCCUGGCGGCCAUUCAGAACUCGCUGCAGAAGCGGAAUGUCGGCGCCUGGGGCGUGUUCACACGGAGCGGCGGCAUGGUCGCAUCCUUCGCUGCCGUUGGUGGUGUGUAUGAGUUUUCGCGCGUUGCCAUGGCCAACCUGCGCGAGAAGAAGGACGUCUACAAUACGGCCGUGAGUGGGUUCUUGGCGGGAUCCGUGUUUGGACUGGCGUCCGGCAGGAUUCCGCGGAUAGUCGGGAUGGGCGCGUUCACUGCGUCCAUCCUGGCCGCGUUCGAAUUCACGGGCGGCACGCUGCGCGGCUGGUCGGAUGAGAAGGUGGACGAUGGGUAUUCGUACAAAGAGUACCUGCGGAAGAACCGAAGGCGGCCGGCAGAAGAGACCUUUGCCGAGCUCGGCGACGGACGUGCGGGCAUGAUCCACUCGCCCGAUUACGAGGCCCUCCGUGUCCAACGGAUCAAGGAGCGGUAUGGCAUCGACGUCAAGACCGUCUCUGCAGACCCGAACGCGUGA